UAACACGUAAAUUAAUAAUAAUAAUUGAAAAAAAAUACGUAGGAAUAUGAUUUUCCUCAUUAUUAUAUCCAAAAAGCCUAAUCCCCCCAUCAUCACUCUCCUCGGAUUCAGUUUCCUUGAAUGGCAAGUCUCUUCUCUUCGCAUCUGAACUCUCGCUCCAUCUCUCUUCUCCUCAGCUUUUUCUUCGUCUUCCUCGUUUAUCUCCACCUCGCUCCACUCUCUCUUCUCAGCAUCAAUCAUCCCGUUUUCCUUGUCGAACCCCUUAAUUCUCUCUCCGGCGACGGCUGCGGCGGCGGACUCACCGGUCUCGCCGACCACCGGUCGAAGUGUUCUUAUGUCAGAUCCCAACCUGAAUGUGCGCCUCAGGGUUACAUAGACUAUCUUGAAAUCUUCUACUGCGUUUUCGGGAACUCCCCUCUGUUGGGUCAUCUCGCUCUUACAGCAUGGCUGCUUGCUCUGUUUUAUUUGCUCGGCGACACGGCAGGGAGUUACUUUGUUCUUUCUCUGGAAAGUUUGUCUAAAUUAUUGAAGCUGUCUCCUACAAUCGCCGGCGCCACGCUUCUCUCUCUCGGCAAUGGAGCUCCGGAUCUUUUCUCCAGUGUUGUCUCCUUCUCGAGGUCUAACAAUGGCGAUUUCGGGCUGAACUCUGUCUUGGGCGGUUCGUUUUUCGUGUCCAGCUUCGUUGUCGGGACGAUAUGCAUGUUGACCGGAUCUCGAGGUGUUUCGAUAGACAAGAACAGCUUCAUCCGAGACGUGGUGUUUCUUCUGAUCUCUCUGGGUUGUCUCUGUCUGAUCAUUAUUGUCGGUAAAAUAACCAUAUGGUUUGCUCUCUGUUACCUCGCGAUUUACUUCGUAUACGUAGGGUUCUUGUCAGCCUCGCGUUUCUUCAACCGCAAGAAACCCAAGCCCCAGCCGAUUCAGCGGAGCAAAGAGGAAUUGGCCGAGAUGGGUGUCCCGUUUCUCGGAUAUGUGGACGACGAGAAGCCGGUUUCGACCAAGGAAACCGACCAAGAACCCAGGAUCGAUCAAGAACAAGAAUUCAAGAUUCUGAAUCUUGAUCAUCAUCCGGCGAGAAGGUCUAGAUCUUGCAUCUCGGUGCUACUAACUGUUCUAGGGCUACCUCUAAAUCUCCCGAGAAGACUUACAAUUCCGGUGAUCCACGAAGAAAGAUGGUCAAGAACCUGUGCGGUGGUUUCCACCGCCCUGUCGCCGGUUUUACUGACAGAACUUUACAGUUUUCGUAACAGCGGAUCGAAAAGAAACGUUAAGCUGUACGUGAUACCAGGGUCGAUCGGAUCGAUUCUCGGGGUUAUGGCGCUACUAACGACGAAAAAAUCUCACCCGCCGAAGAAAUUCACACUGGUUUGGCUUCUAGGAGGGUUUAUUAUGAGUGUGGCAUGGACCUACAUCAUAGCCCAAGAGUUGGUCUCAUUGUUGGUCUCAUUAGGGUACAUAUUUGGGACAAGACCUUCGGUAUUAGGUCUAACUGUCCUUGCAUGGGGCAACUCUUUAGGUGACCUAAUCGCCAACGUAACAGUGGCCCUGCACGGUGGUACGGACGGCGUUCAGACAGCACUCUCCGGCUGCUACGCAGGGCCGUUGUUCAACAGCGCCAUCGGACUCGGGGUGCCACUUGUCAUGUCUUCAUUGGCCGAAUACCCUAGGGCUUACGCCAUCACUACAGACGACGACUCUUCUUCUUUGCUUGAGACAUUAGGGUUCUUAAUGGUUGGCUUGCUUUGGGCACUUGUGAUAAUGCCGAAGAGGAACAUGAGAUUGGACAAGCUCGUCGGAGGUGGCUUGGUUGCUAUCUAUCUGUGUUUUCUCUUCUUGAGAUUGGUUAGGGUUUUUGGAAUCGUAUUAUAAAUUUAUUAGAAAUAUAUACGAAUCUAUGAUAUUUUU